AUGACGGAGAGUGAUUCUAAAGCGCCAGUUGAAAAGGAAGAAUCAAGCUUCCGUAAAAUUACGGUCGAACCAGUUAUAUUCUGUUACGCGUUUGGAAUCAUCCUCCAUGUUCCAGUAAUUCAACAAUACAUUCACAAAAGAGUAGCUGAGAAUAAAGGCGUUGUCUACAACACUACUGCAAGUUUAAGUAACUGCGAUUCCAUUCCUAUCCCGAAAAAAGAAGAAACAUUAAAAAUACAAAAAGAGGUUCAAUCUGAAGCGUCGUUUAUGCAGUUGGGAAUGGUAUUUUCUGCCAGCGCUCCGUCUCUUCUUGUCGCAUUAUUCUUAGGGGCCUGGUCCGACCGAGCAGGGAGACGAAGAGUCAUGGGGCUUCCUAUAGUUGGUAGUGCAAUAGAAUCCGCAAUUAUACUGUGGGUUAUUAACUUCAACCUCCCUAUUGAAAUGCUGCUUUUAGCGGGAUUUAUCAAUGGUGUUUGUGGCUUUUUUCCCACAAUGGUGUUGUCUAUGUUUUCAUAUAUAGCAGAUAUCACGGAGGAAUCCCAGCGUGCUUUUCGCCUAGGAAUCUUGGAAGCAACUGCUUUUAUUAGUGGCAUGCUAAGUCAUUUGAGUAGUGGUUGGUUAAUAAACAAAACAGGCUAUACAGCCCCCUACAUUAUAAUACUUUCUCUACACAGCUUUGCUUUGGUCUACGUUGUUUUAAAACUUCCAGAAUCAAGAGCAAAACAUUUAAUGGAAAAUUCCACCGUCAAAGUUUUCAGUUUGCAACACAUCCGGGUCAUUAUCCAUAUUUUUACAAACCCUCGAUCUGGGCAGCUAAGAUGGCGCAUGUGCUUAUUAAUGCUUGCAUCUGGUCUCAUGAUUGUGUCUUCAAUCGGCUUUGGCAGUGUUAUUGUAUUGUAUGCUAUAGAUCGGCCAUUAUGUUGUAACUCGAUUUUGAUUGGCUACUACCUAGCAACAAGUUUUUUCGUUCAAGCCGUUGGAGCAGUAUUGGGACUCAAGUUUUUGAGAAUUGUUUUAUCAGAAGUAGCUCUUAUGCAGGCAGGAAUCAUAUCCGUCAUUUGCUCGUUGGUCAUGAUGGCAUUUGCUAAAACAAAAACUCACUUAUUUAUUGGUAGGUUUAAGCCGACAUCGUAGUUGCUUUUCAAUUUUCAAUUUGGUUAUUGAAUUCACUCCUAAACCAAUUCAUUUAUGACAAAUUUAUGAUCGUCAUGCUAACUUUCAAAUUCAUGGAUGAAGUUGUUCUUUGGUGUUACCAUUCAAAUGAACCUCUUUGGUUAGAUUUUCUCAUAGUACUUUUUCUUUCUUUCGAUGUUACAAUUUGCAAUUUGUGUGAAUUUGUUCUUCAGCAACUAUUAAGAGUACAAAAGUUACCCGCCUGUUGACUUCCAAUAAUCCUGCAUAUUGCUCAUGCUAGACUUAACCCGGCAAAUUUAUAGUUUAGUGCCAGCAAAACAGUCAAACAAAAAAAUUUCACUAAAAAAAGUUUUUUUUACAAAAAUUAUCCUCUGCUCUAUUAAUAAUUCAAGAAGCGUAGUAAUGCUUGUAAUUUUAUAGUUCCUUUAGCAGCAUGUCUUGGUGGCAUCCCGACUCCCAUCAUCAGAGCUAUGAUGUCCAAAAUGGUGAAUUCAGAUGAACAGGGUAAGCGCUUUUUUAAAUGUUUCCGUUUUAUUUGGUACGGGAGAGGGGACACCCUCCUGUACCAGGUGUGGGGCGGGGAGGGGGGACGGGCAAAGGUGAGGCGCAUAUAUUGGAAACAAGGCAAAAGAUAAAUUUAUUUAUUUAGCGCUAAACGUUUAUACAUAUGCUUAAAAAGACCACAGCGAGCAUGCCCUUUGGGAUGUCUGAGUGAACCGAUGUUUUUUACCUUAACUAUUAAUGGCCUGAAAAUGUUGUAACAAAAUAGGAGGUUACAAAUGAUAAAUAAUCAAGAGACGCUAAAAGUAAUAUACUAAACACUUGUGCAACUUUUUUUUUAUGUUGCAUGAGGGGCUGGGGAGUAGGGCUGGAAGUCUCACCUGGAGAACUUUCUCGCAAGAUACGUACAUUCACUACAGUCAUUAGUAUUUCAUUUACUACGGUCAUUAGCGAUACAUUUAUAAUGAAAGUCAUAAGCAAUGGUUUUAGGCCCUGGUUAUACGCAGAAAACAUUCCCCGCGUAGAAGCAUCACCAUCCCGGCCAAUUCUUUAGCAAGCGUUUAUAUGAGAAAUUCUAGAUUAUACAACGUUUAAGUAUGAUUACCUGAAACAGCGCCCGCGCAUGCUCUGUUUAUCCCACCUCGACCGAGUUGACCGGCUGGAUGAGCCAGAGUGUUUACAUGUAUAUGACUUAACAUCGAAAAAGAAAGACCUCGCUAAUCUGGUCAUCCUUUAAGCCGAGCCACAUUUUGUUUUUCAGGUAAACGGUUCGUCAUGUUCAGUUGUAGUUGCCUUGCCCAGGGUAGCUCGGGUAGGCCAAGUGACCCUUCUUCCCGGGACAACUUUUCUACAUAGAAGGGGCCCCCUGUUAGAACACGAAUUUGAAUGUGAAACACUUUCGCAUUAUAUUAUCUGUAUAUAGGUGCGUUAUUUGCAGCUGUUGCUACUCUGGAAACACUUUGCACCUUAUUUGGCGCCGCCUUAUUUAACUCCAUCUAUCCGCUGUUUGUUCAUGCUGGUCUGAAUGGGUUUUGUUUUCUGGUCAUGGCGACCCUCAUGCUAGCUGCACUCAUACUAACAGAGUAA